AUCUACGGGCUUCGAGUCAGACUUUUCCGUCUCCAUCUUCGUUGAAAGCCUUCUUAAUCAAACGAAUUGUCCACGAUGUCUUCUGCUGCCCAAAAGAUAUCUUCAGUCCUUCUCGCACGCACACUGCCCCCACUCUCUCCGUCGUCAAUCUACGACUCAUCCCUAACAUCACAAAUUGAUGCCCUGAAUCCCGACCCAGUAUAUCUGAGAGCCGCAUUACACUUAGCAAACGACGAUAUUGACAGGGCUCAUGAGCUUGCACAGGGUGACGAAGGAGAGGAGACGAGCGAUUAUCUACACGGAAUGUUGCACAGGAGGGAAGGAGAUUAUUGGAAUUCGAAGUGGUGGCUCGGCUCCGGCAUGCGCACGGUCCAUCCUGUUCUAAAAUCCGUUCAUGGUGGCGUGGCCGGUGGAAAGAAGUUCGUAGAUGCGUGCGAGAAGGUAGGCAAGGGACGGAACGAGGACUUGGAAAACAAGCAAUGGGAGGAGUUGAAAGGCGUAGUGGAAUACGCAUUGAAGAAAGCGGGAGGCGAAGAGAGGAAGUGAGUCAACGCGAGUGAUUCGUGUAUGAGGAUGAACAGGGAGUAAGCGUGUUGUCCAAGCGGCGGCACAACUGUGUAGUGGGAGGCAGGAUAGACGGUGAGGGCUGGUCCAGUGUUCUUAUCCAGGUGGAUCAUCUGCAUAAGUAUGGAUGUUUGUAUUUUCUUCUGUGUCUGUAUCACUACCUGCGCAUUUGAGCGAACCUGAAAGAAUAACGCUCCCUCUAAGCGAUUGUCUGGUGCAACGUUCAAUAAAGACAGUGCUACACAUCCACGUGCUCCUCUGAUAUUUUAUUGUAACCAUAUAAUCAUCAUCGAGCCUUUGGUACCGAUGUUCGCAAACUGCUUAAUGUCUCCGAAGGCGCCAGCUAAAGAAUGAUGAGAUUGUUGGAAGCCCUGGGCGUGGACGGAGCUCGACGCAGGCAGCCGUACGGAUGCUACGUUAUACGAAGUGUGGUUGCUUUGUCGUGGAACGUACGACG